ACCUUCACACGUCAAGGAGUGAAAAUGGAAUGAGCGGACCCACCAUUUUCUGAUUCGUCCGUUUACGUUGGUACCACUGCGCAUUAAAAGUCACUAAAAUAGUUGUGUGUUGAGUUUAUCUGUCAGUUUUGUGUGCGUUUUGUAUUUCAAACGUAUAAUUUAAAUGAUAACGAGCUAUUGAAACGCGGUGAAAAUUUAUUUUUAACUUAAACAAUAACUUGACGAAUUAUUUUUUUUGGCGUUAUCAUUACCUUUUAUUGCGAAUAGAGAUUCUUUUUACUAACUACGUCAGAAGGCUAUAAUUAGAAAGUUACAUCAUUUGUGUGUUCUUAAACUAAUGGUGCAAUAUGAAAUCGAUGCCACCUCCUUAUGAACCACCACCAUCUGCGCCCCCGGUUUAUACACACGCCAAUAUUGAAUAUAAUUAUGCUUAUCCACGCAUUCAUACAGAUAAUGGAGUCACAAUUAUUACAACGGUUGUACCCGUGGGUGCAGAUUCAACCCACAUGAUAUGUCCAAAUUGCAACACAGAAAUAGAAACGACAACGUUUGAAAAACCAAGAACCAUCGCGUACCUCCUGGGUGCUUUCAUAUGCAUAUUAGGUUGUUUUUGCGGAUGUUGCCUCAUACCUUGCUUUAUGAAAUCGCUACGGGAAACACAUCACAGCUGUCCAAAUUGCAAUCACUACCUAGGACGCUUCCGAACAUAAAAAAAAUUAAAGAAAUAAAAUAAAUAAGGAAAUUUUAAUGGGUUAUUUGACUUGUUUUUGAUGUAUUUGUACUAAUUUUAUACUCUAUUACUAAUAACUGGAAUCUCUAAAUCAAUCUCAAAAAAAGAAAAGAAAUAUUGGUGUACUAAUCCGUUUUAAGUAUUUCUCUCAUUCCCUUAACCAAAAUAAAUAUAUAAAAAACUUAUUUACAAAAACAAUGUGAAAAGAAAAUAUUUUUGUAUUAACUUAUUCGCUUUAUUUUAAUGUAUACAAAUCGCUUUGUUACAGCUAUUUACAUACAUAUUGUUGUGCCUUAUUCUAUUAAUAAAAAUUGUUUAAAAAAAAAA